AUGAAUGAAGGCAUGAGUUCAAGCACGACACCGCCCUCGGUAGCAAUGUCAACGACCCUCACCCCACAUGAUAAGCUUGCUGCAAAUGCUCUCAAGAUUCACACAAAGCCACUUUGGACCCAGAUGGCCAGAAUGAAUCCGCGCGAGCCAAAUCCGAAGUGUGUGCCGACUGUCUGGCGGUACGAGGAAGUCAGACCCCUCCUGGUAGAGGCCGGUAUGCUUGUCACCGACAAGCAGGCGGAACGUCGGGCUUUGAUGUUCGUAAAUCCUGCAAGAGGUAUCCUCGAACACGGCAACCAUUGUCACCGCACGUGGACUGACGAGAGAUCAAGAUGCCCCGUAUACCACGGACACCAUAGCCUCCGGGCUCCAACUUGUCUGCCCAAUGAGACAGCUCCUGCCCACAGGCACGUUGCUUUCGCCAUGCGGUUCGUUAUUGAAGGCCAGGGUGGCUUCACAGCAAUCCAGGGUAAAGGAGUUUGGAUGCAGCGUGGUGAUGUUAUCCUGAAUCCGCCAUGGAACUGGCACGACCAGGGCAAAGACGGCUCUGGUCCGAUGAUAUGGCUCGAUGGCCUUGACAUUCCCAACUUUAUACAUUUUCCCGUGCACUUUGUUGAGCACUAUAAGGAACCGAGAUAUCCCGCCGAGGACGUCGAUUCCAGCAGCUCGCCCCUGGUGUUUCCCUGGAGAGCCAUUCAGCAAAAGUUGGAUGGCAUGCCCGGCGAGUGGGUGUCACAGGACUAUUUGCGAUCGGACGGCACACCAGUAUCCAAAUCCCUUGGUGGUUGUGCCGAACGUCUAGACCCAGGCGCAUCCUCCCCUGCUGUCCGUGAGACGGCUUCUUCAAUAUACCAUGUCAUCUCAGGGGCAGGACACAGUGACAUUGCUGGGCAGAGAUUCGCUUGGAAACAAGGAGAUUCUUUCUGUAUUCCGGCCUGGAAUAAGUAUCAGCAUACCAACACGGGGUCUGAGACGCUUUACCUCUACCGACUCCAUGACAAGCCCAUGCUGACCAAUCUCGGGUACUAUCGACUUGAUGGUUGUGAUGUGGAAAGCCUGGUGACGGUGUAUUGA